CUAGUCAAACUAGAUGUCUUGGAAUUACAGAAAAAGACAGGCAACAAUUGGCCACUAUUGCUGAAAUUUCAGAGAUCAAGCAGCUUUUAUUUUCAAACACAACCGCAAUCUAAGGCUACGAUAUAUAUGUUUUUACUGUUAGAAAAUCAGGAAAGAAAAGGAAAGGAAAGGAAAGGAACAGGAAGAUGCUUAUUAAGUGAUACACUUCCUUAUAAGUAGUUUCUUGAUCAUUAUACAAGACUCAAGAACAAGUCUUGAUUCAAUUAUAUUUGACAGGUCUUUAUAUUCAGAAAGAUUUUGUAUAAAUCAGCGGAAAUUUGUUUGUUUUUGUUUCUUGACGUAGAAAAUGAAGUUUGGGAAAGAAUUUGCAGCACAAAUGGUUCAAGAAUGGCAGGAAGCAUAUAUGGAUUAUAACCAUUUGAAGAAAAUCUUGAAAGAAAUUUUACAUUUCAAGCAAAGAAACAUACCAUCUUCAAUGGCAGCAGCAGAACCAUCAAAAACUAUUUCUUUAAAGAGAAGGGUAUCUCUUUAUAGAGCCUUUAGUGGGCUAAUAUCUUCUCCGAGAAAUAGUAUAAGUGAUGAAGAUGAACCGAUACUAAUAACUGCAUCUCAAGAAGAUGAAGGAGGAGGUCAUUAUCGUACUACAUUUCUAAAUACAUCAGAAGAAGGAGGAGAAUAUGAGCUUGAGUUCUUUAGAAAACUCGAUGAUCAGUUUAAUAAGGUGGUUAAGUUCUAUAAAGAAAAGGUUGAGGAAGUCACAGCAGAGGCUGAGGAUUUAAGCAAGCAAAUGGAUGCUUUGAUCGCGCUAAGGAUCAAGGUUCAUAAUCCAGAUCUUGGAGGUGCUUUUUUAGGGAAUCUUCAUGCUGAUCGAGUCGGUAAUCCCAUCAAUUGUAAAAGUGGAAGUCCUAGAAGCCAAGGAAGUUCACAAAUGGAAGUGAUUCAAGAAGUAGAGAUGAGCAACGAAGUAAAUGUAGAAGAUGAGGAGAAAAGAGAUAGUGACAACAAUAUUAAGGGCUUUAGAGCAGCCUCAUUAGAAGUUUUGGAUCAUGUAAAGAUCAUUGUUGAACCUGAAACUCCUAUAUCUACAAUGAAGAAUAUUAUCUCUUCCUCAAAAGCAGACUUGUCGUAUAGCAAGGAAGAACUGAGGAAGGUAGAGGAACUUAUGGCUCGGGCUUUUACUGAAUUCUACAAUAAGCUUGGACUCCUUAAAAGCUACUGUUUCUUAAAUCAAUUAGCAUUCUCCAAGAUCAUGAAAAAAUAUGACAAGAUAACUUCGCGGAAUGCAUCGAAAGCUUAUCUAAAAAUGGUGGAUACUUCUUAUCUUGGAAGUUCUGAAGAGGUUGCUAAACUUGUAGAAAGAGUGGAGGCUAUCUUCAUUAAGCACUUUGCAAAUGGGAAUCAUAGAAAAGGAAUGAAGAUUUUAAGACCAAGACCUAAAAGGGAAAAGCACAGAAUUACCUUUAUACUUGGUCUCUUCUCUGGUUGCUCUGCAGCACUUGCGGUAGCAGUUAUUGUACUUGUACAUGCUAGAGAUAUCCUAAAUGAUCCAGAAGGUCCAAAGUAUAUGGAAAAUAUAUUUCCACUUUACACAUUCUUUGGGUAUAUAAGUCUGCACUUGCUCAUGUUUGCUGCUGCCAUAUACUUUUGGAAACGCUACCGGGUUAAUUAUGCCUUCAUAUUUGGUUUGAAGAGAGGAACAGAAUUGGGUUAUAGAGAAGUCUUACUUCUAAGUUCAGGUCUUUUAUUACUCACGCUUAGUGGUGUCCUCUCAAAUUUGGAUAUGGAGAUGGAACCAAAAACAAAAAGCUACAAAGCACUUACUGAACUAGUACCUCUAGGCCUGCUCGCUGUUGUGCUUUUUAUAACAUUCUGUCCAUUCAAUAUCAUUUACCGGUCGAGUCGCUUCUUUCUGAUCCAAUGUUUUAUUCAUUGUCUCCUUGCUCCUCUUUAUAAGGUUACCCUUGCAGAUUUUUUCUUGGGUGAUCAGCUUACUAGCCAGGUGCAAGCUUUCAGGAAUUUGGAAUUCUAUAUUUGCUAUUAUGGUUGGGGAGAUUUUAAAAGGAGGUCAAAUAAAUGCCUUGAAAGUCAAGUUUUUGAAACUUUUUAUUUUGUUGUAGCAAUCGUUCCAUACUGGGUUCGCUUUCUUCAGUGUCUCCGUCGAUUGUUUGAAGAGAAAGAUACAAUGCAAGCAUAUAAUUCAGUAAAAUACUUUUCGAUAAUUAUCGCGGUUGCAUUGAAGACAUAUCAUGAUCUGAAAGUCGGAAAAACAAAUCUGGAAAUCAUUUGGAAGAUUAUGGUUGCAGUGACCUCAGGUUUUGCAACCAUUUUUGGUACAUAUUGGGACAUUGUAAUAGAUUGGGGACUUCUGCAGAGAAAUUCUAGAAAUCCUUGGUUGAGAGAUAAACUUCUUAUACCCAACAAAAAUGUUUACUUUGUUGCAAUGGGUUUGAAUAUUGUGUUAAGACUUGCUUGGUUACAGACUGUGUUAGGUUUUACAGAAGCACCUUAUCUGCAUAAAUCUGCAUUAACUGCAAUUGUUGCCUGCUUGGAGAUAAUUCGCCGAGGCAUCUGGAAUUUUUUCAGGCUGGAGAAUGAGCACUUGAACAAUGUCGGCAAGUAUCGCGCUUUUAAAUCAGUACCUUUACCCUUCUACUAUGGUGUAUGAUGAAGAAGAUGGUGAAAACAAGAUGUUAGAAUCACAAUGACAAAUAGGAAAUUUUGUUUAUUAUUUUGUUGUGAUGUGAGUGAGAGAGCAGCUUUUUAUAUACCAAAUGCUGAAGCGUUUCAAGUUCUUC